UACACGACGGCCAUGCCUCUUUUCCCUCGGCCUACCACAAGCAUAAGACUGUCAAGUUUGAGCACACACCCGAGCCAGAACUCUUAGUUACUUCCAUCGAAAUACUUUCCACAGCCAUUUCACUUCCAUCGAACUACUUCUCUCCAUCCAAUCUUCUUCCAUCGAAAUACCUUUUCCCCAAAAAAUUCACCCUCCGCCGUUAUGCAAUUGAACGACCCCGAAAAUUUUCUUAACAGAUGCUCUGGUUUUCGUGGCAAGACCCUGGUACGAUGCAACCACUCCAUUCGGAAGAUUGCACGGUAUCAUCCCCGCAUGAUCUUCCUCCCAACCUGCAAGCAGCAUCGUGACCAGAAAUUCCAUGCUGGUCGUUGUCAACAUGUAUAUGCAGACGACUCGAGAUGUGGCCGUCUUUUCAGGUGGCAGCCGAACUAUUUCGAGAUGUGCGAGGAACAUAAAGGCCUCCCUCCACCGGGGAAUCCUUGUUACAUCACGAGACUCCCGCUGGAACUCCACCAAGCGAUCUGGAGUCACCUGCUGCCUUCGGAGGCAGUCUCAUCGGCACUCAUAUUCUCCCACCGGCUCGACCGUGUUACUAGAGAACCCAUGGAUUCGCCUUCAGUCCUUCCCAAUCCUGAACGAUCUAGCGGCUCGAAUGCGGUGCGCCGAGGCGCUUCGCAUCCAGGAAAGCUGUUUCCCAUGCCACUCCAAGAUCUACUACUGGCUUCUAGGCAGUGGUACAAUGGAGUGAAGAGCUUGCUUUUUAGCACUACGGCUUUCACCAUCGAUAUCCGCCAUGACGGAGCCUUCAUAUGUGGGAGGCGAAUUUUGCAACCAAAGCGUGAAGAUGGUUCGAUCCAGCUCUGCAAAGAGCCGGAGACGAAAAGAUUCGUCAAUUCCUUUCCCUUCGAAUUUGUCAAACACUGGAACGUCGACAUCUUGUUAGAGAACUAUGAAGCACCAACAAAGCAUGAUUUGGACGAAGAGGUGGAGAUGUACGACGUUCGAGCUUACGUUAGCGUCACCGUCGAGGGAAUUCUGGCUAGGUCUCAGGAUCUUUGCAAACUGCAUGUACGCAUUGGGAUGUCCAGCUCUAGACGGACUCCAGAGCAGAUCGUCGAAGCAACCAAGGUAUUGGUUGCGCCUUUUGAUCGACUUCGAAACGUUCACCAACCUCGCCUGUGCGGAGUUUACCAUGGAUUCUUGAAGAAGAACCACAUGAUCUGCGUUCCAUAUCAGGCGCGCCCCAACCCGCGUGGAAUGAUCAGAGACGGACUAUUUUCUGUGUGUCCGCUUCGCGUUGAUAGGAUCCUCCUUGAUCCCCAAAACGCAUCCUUCAAAGAGUUGAAGCGACGUUUCGAGACCCUCGUUUCGAGCUCAGCAGAAAUGCCCUCGCCCGAAAGCUUUGCAAUUCGCGACAUGUUCAAGAAAUUCAGGCGUUUCUAUGCCAGCCUAUCCGGCCUUGUCCCCGGCAUUGGUGGACGAUCUUCUCGUAUUGAGUACCUACACAGCGCCCGAAAGGCGCGAGCAAACGAGGAUCUGGAAACUUUUCGUGAAGUGCGUGCCAAACUAAUUCAAUGCUGGCAUGACUACCUUCAGGUGCACGACACCAAACGACGAUCGGUAAAUCACGAGGUCACUGCUAUGCUGGUAGCCGACGUCUAUCCCAACUCUUUGGGAGACCCAUCUCUUCGACGUAAUCCGACUCCGGACGAAGCCGUCACUCACAUGCCCGAAAGUGCUUUUUUCGCAUGGUCACCAUAUGGACAGCCUCCAUUUCCAGAAUCACAAAGUGGGAGCGCAGGAAAUCUACUUGUUGCUGCCACCCAUAUCCAGCCGCCGGGAUACAUUCAACAUAGCCCACCUCUCGCCGAGAUGCAGGCAUAUUCGGGGCAACUGGCCACAUUGGAACCUACAUUGGAGCCGAUGUUUGACCCCAGGUCGGAGCCCAUGGUUUACCCCACGAUAGAGCCUACUUUUUAUCCCGUGACAGAGCCUAUCUUUGACUCCAUGUCGGGGCCAAUGGUUUACCCCACGAUAGAGCCUAUCUUUUAUCCCGCGACACAGCCCAUGUUUGACCCGGUGUCGGAGCCUAUGUCGGGGCCCAUGUUGCAGCCCACGUUGGAGCCAACAAUGGAUCCAUACCUGCUCAACCAGCAGGAGCCGUCGGAGCCCACAAUUGAUCCAUACCUGCUCAACCAGCAGGAGCCAUCGGAGCCCACCAUCGAUCCAUACCUGCUCAACCAGCAGGAGCCGUUGGAGCCCACAGUGAAUCCAUACGUGCUCAACCAGCAGCCGUUGGAGCCCACAAUGAAUCCAUACGUGCUCAACCAGCAGCAGCCGUUGGAGCCCACAAUGAAUCCAUACGUGCUUAACCAGCAGCAGCCGUUGGAACAGUUGAACCUGGAACAUGCGACUGGUUUGGAGGGCCCACCCCGCUUACUCUCUCCAUUUCGGCCGCGGUGGGCGCCACCGGUAGCUAUGCAACCGGCCCACUCAGCUACUGGCCUCGAUGCUUUCCCGGGUCGCAAAAGGUCCCUGGAUGCUAUGGAUUCACCCUGGACCCAAUUCAAUGGCCCUAUUCCAUCUCUCACCUCAUCUCCCUAUGAUUGGAACGCCGCAGUACCUGAUUCGCCCAACAAGAGACAGCGUCUUGAGCCUGCUCCAUCCUUCCCACCUCUAUAUGAGGGAUACCAACCAAACCCCCUCCCAUCCGAUCAUCGCGAUGAGGAGUGAUUCAAACAUUCUCGGCCGUGUCACUAUCGUCUGCCCUGUUGGCAUUUCUUUUUCUCUUCGGAUAUGAAUUUGUAACCGAUGAUGGAUCAUGAUUAUCAUAUUGCGAAUCUCAGCUCACAGCUCACGGCCUUUGAUAUUUUAGGGUAUGGAAAAUAACAAAAGGUAUAGUAGUCUAGGUUACUCCCCCUUUCUUUCAUUUAUCCAUCUUCGGUAGUGUCAAUGACAAAAAUUAUUCAAUCAUCAAUGAGUGCAGUGU